GCAGCAAGUUCGGUUGCGCGGAGACCGCAGCUGUUCCCUGUCAGUGGAGGCAGAGGCCGUCAGAGGCGGCGGCCACGGCUUGCGGCGGCGGGGCGGAGCUAGCAUCUGCCUUCUGGAGAGCUGACAACACCAAGGGAAGGUGACAUCUGGUUCCCUACAAGCUCCAGUUGGCAGCUGGCCAGCUGCAGCAGGAGGCCCUUUUUCUAGAAGGGUGUGGCUUGGGAAGCUGGGCUGGGGAUGGUGGCGCUGACCUACAGGAAGCAUCCCUUCUGUGCAGCCUUUGAGAAGACUUCAUACUCAGAGACCAACUGACAUCUUGGUGGCAAUUAGCUGUUAAGAGCACUGAUUACUGAGCCUGGAGAGAUGCUGAAGUUCCAAACAGUUCGAGGGGGCCUGAGGCUCCUGGGUGUCCGCCGUUCCUCCUCUGCCCCAGUUGCCUCCCCAAAUGUCCGGCGCCUGGAGUACAAACCUAUUAAGAAAGUCAUGGUGGCCAACAGAGGUGAGAUUGCCAUCCGAGUGUUUCGUGCUUGUACGGAGUUGGGCAUCCGCACAGUGGCCGUCUACUCAGAGCAGGACACAGGCCAGAUGCAUCGACAGAAAGCUGAUGAAGCCUACCUUAUUGGUCGUGGCUUGGCACCUGUGCAGGCCUACCUGCACAUCCCAGACAUCAUCAAGGUGGCCAAGGAGAAUGGUGUAGAUGCUGUGCACCCUGGCUAUGGGUUCCUCUCAGAGCGAGCAGACUUUGCUCAGGCCUGCCAGGAUGCUGGAGUCCGGUUCAUUGGGCCAAGUCCAGAGGUGGUCCGCAAGAUGGGAGACAAGGUGGAGGCCCGGGCCAUUGCCAUCGCUGCAGGUGUCCCAGUGGUCCCUGGCACUGAUGCCCCCAUCAAUUCCCUGCAUGAGGCCCAUGAGUUCUCCAACACUUAUGGCUUCCCCAUUAUCUUCAAGGCUGCCUACGGAGGUGGGGGCCGUGGCAUGAGGGUUGUGCACAGCUAUGAGGAGCUGGAGGAGAAUUACACCCGAGCCUACUCUGAGGCCUUGGCAGCCUUCGGGAAUGGGGCACUAUUUGUGGAGAAGUUUAUUGAGAAACCACGGCACAUCGAGGUGCAGAUCCUGGGGGACCAAUAUGGGAACAUCCUGCACUUGUAUGAGCGUGACUGCUCCAUCCAGCGACGGCACCAGAAGGUGGUAGAGAUUGCUCCUGCUGCCCACCUGGACCCCCAACUUCGUUCACGCCUCACCAGUGACUCUGUCAAACUUGCCAAGCAGGUGGGAUACGAGAACGCAGGCACUGUGGAGUUCCUGGUGGAUAAGCAUGGAAAGCACUACUUCAUCGAGGUCAAUUCCCGCCUGCAGGUGGAGCACACGGUCACUGAGGAGAUCACAGAUGUAGAUCUGGUCCAUGCUCAGAUCCAUGUGUCUGAGGGCCGGAGCCUGCCUGACCUGGGCCUGAGGCAGGAGAACAUCCGCAUCAAUGGCUGUGCCAUUCAGUGUCGAGUCACCACUGAGGACCCUGCACGUAGCUUCCAGCCUGACACUGGCCGCAUUGAGGUUUUCCGGAGUGGUGAGGGCAUGGGCAUCCGCCUGGACAAUGCCUCUGCCUUCCAAGGGGCUGUCAUCUCACCCCACUAUGAUUCUCUGCUUGUCAAAGUCAUCGCCCAUGGCAAAGACCACCCCACAGCUGCUACCAAGAUGAGCAGAGCCCUGGCUGAGUUCCGUGUCCGAGGGGUAAAGACCAACAUCCCCUUCCUGCAGAACGUGCUCAACAACCAGCAGUUCCUAGCAGGCACUGUGGAUACCCAGUUCAUCGAUGAGAAUCCUGAGCUGUUCCAGCUGCGGCCUGCACAGAACCGGGCCCAGAAGCUGCUACAUUACCUCGGACAUGUCAUGGUAAAUGGCCCUACCACUCCAAUCCCUGUCAAGGCCAGUCCCAGCCCUGUGGACCCCGUUGUUCCUGCAGUACCUAUAGGCCCACCCCCACCUGGCUUUAGAGACAUUCUUCUGCGAGAGGGGCCAGAGGGCUUUGCCCGAGCUGUGCGAAAUCACCAGGGACUGCUGCUGAUGGACACAACCUUCCGGGAUGCCCACCAGUCACUACUGGCCACUCGAGUGCGCACACAUGAUCUCAAAAAGAUUGCGCCCUAUGUUGCCCACAACUUCAACAAGCUCUUCAGCAUGGAGAACUGGGGAGGGGCCACAUUUGAUGUUGCCAUGCGCUUCUUAUAUGAGUGUCCCUGGAGGCGGCUGCAGGAGCUCCGGGAGCUCAUCCCCAACAUUCCGUUCCAGAUGCUGCUUCGGGGGGCCAAUGCCGUGGGCUACACCAAUUAUCCUGACAAUGUGGUCUUCAAGUUCUGUGAGGUGGCCAAGGAGAAUGGUAUGGACGUCUUCCGAAUCUUUGACUCCCUCAACUACUUGCCAAACAUGCUGCUGGGCAUGGAAGCAGCAGGCAAUGCUGGGGGCGUGGUGGAAGCUGCCAUCUCGUAUACUGGUGAUGUAGCUGACCCCAGUCGCACAAAAUACUCGCUGGAGUACUACAUGGGCUUGGCUGAAGAACUGGUGCGAGCUGGCACCCACAUCCUAUGCAUUAAGGACAUGGCCGGGCUACUGAAGCCUGCAGCCUGCACCAUGCUGGUCAGCUCCCUCCGCAACAGAUUUCCUGACCUACCGCUGCACAUCCAUACCCAUGACACAUCAGGGGCAGGUGUGGCAGCCAUGCUGGCCUGUGCACAAGCUGGGGCUGAUGUUGUGGAUGUGGCAGUAGACUCCAUGUCUGGGAUGACUUCACAGCCCAGCAUGGGUGCCCUGGUGGCUUGUACCAAAGGGACUCCUCUGAACACAGAGGUGCCCCUGGAGCGUGUGUUUGACUACAGUGAAUACUGGGAAGGGGCUCGGGGCCUGUAUGCGGCCUUUGACUGCACGGCUACCAUGAAGUCUGGCAACUCAGAUGUGUAUGAGAAUGAGAUCCCAGGGGGCCAGUACACCAACCUACACUUCCAGGCCCACAGCAUGGGGCUUGGCUCCAAGUUCAAGGAGGUCAAGAAGGCCUAUGUGGAGGCUAACCAGAUGCUGGGGGACCUCAUCAAGGUGACACCAUCCUCCAAGAUUGUGGGGGACCUGGCCCAGUUCAUGGUGCAGAAUGGGUUAAGCCGAGCAGAGGCUGAAGCUCAGGCAGAAGAGCUGUCCUUCCCUCGCUCUGUGGUGGAAUUCCUGCAGGGCUACAUUGGAAUUCCCCAUGGAGGCUUCCCUGAGCCCUUCCGCUCUAAGGUGCUAAAGGACCUGCCAAGAGUAGAGGGGAGGCCUGGAGCCUCCCUUCCUCCCCUGAACCUGCAGGAGCUGGAGAAGGACCUGAUUGAGCGGCAUGGGGAGGAGGUGACCCCAGAGGAUGUCCUCUCUGCAGCCAUGUACCCUGAUGUCUUCUCCCAAUUCAAAGACUUCACAGCCACCUUCGGCCCACUGGACAGCCUCAAUACCCGCCUCUUUCUUCAAGGACCCAAAAUUGCAGAGGAGUUUGAGGUGGAACUGGAACGGGGCAAGACUCUGCACAUCAAAGCCCUGGCAGUGAGUGACCUGAAUCGGGCUGGCCAGAGGCAGGUUUUCUUUGAACUCAAUGGGCAGCUUCGGUCCAUUCUGGUUAAAGACACCCAGGCAAUGAAGGAGAUGCACUUCCAUCCCAAGGCUCUGAAGGAUGUGAAGGGCCAGAUUGGGGCCCCUAUGCCUGGGAAGGUCAUAGACAUCAAGGUGGCGGCAGGAGACAAGGUGGUUAAGGGCCAGCCCCUCUGUGUUCUCAGUGCCAUGAAGAUGGAGACUGUGGUGACCUCACCCAUGGAGGGCACCAUCCGCAAGGUUCACGUGACCAAGGACAUGACACUGGAAGGCGAUGACCUUAUCCUAGAGAUCGAGUGAUCUUGCUUCAGACUGGCAGCCUGGCCAACCCUACCCCAAGCCUCCCAACAGAAGCUGUGCAGCCAGGGCAGGCCCAGGCCAGCCAGUACCUGAGAGAGGAUGGCCAGACCCCUGAGGCCCUGUUCCAUGGGACAACACACACACACGACACACACAACUUGCAGUGGCCCAUUCCUGUCAGCCAUUUGUCCUUGCCUUACUGGCAGGCAGUUGCUCACAUACUCAUCUCUUGCCAAAUAACCAUCUGCUCCUUGUUGGAGACUACAGGUGUCCAGCAGGUGGCCUUGGGACCUGGGGGAGAUGGUUUAGGGGUUCUACCUCUGGGGGUAGGGGGAAGACCUAAUUUGCAGGUCCUGGGAAAUUUGCUCAAUAAAAGUGGCCUUCCCUUGCCCUCCACA